UCUCCUUUGAUUUUAAAUACUCUUCCUGAUUAAAUCCACUAAACAGACUUCCUUAUUGGCAUCUAUUCAACAGCAUAACCAAAAGAGAAAGUCUUUCACAUAUAUUGCACGUGUUCCUAAAUGCAUAUAUUCCCACUAACCCCAUGAUUAACCGUCAAAUAUAGGUUUAUACUGUUGACAAAAUGGAGGUAAACAAAUAUCCAUACGAUAGAAAACAAAAUAUCACAACAAAAUAAACAAAUUUUCCCAAAAGCACACUCGCACACAGGACGAAGAGAAAAAUUCGUUGCAACUUCCUCAAUCGGGAAAUAAAAGGAAAUGUCAGAAAUAUCUUACUUCCCAUCCCUAAAGCAUCAUUUUAUGAAUAAGCUUUAUAAAUGUUUUGUUUGUGUAUAUCUUCGCUUGCUUUCCACAAAACAAAAAACCCGGAAUCUGUAACACACCAGCGAGAAAAGGAACAAACUCCAACCAUGUCACUGCGCAGUAACACUGACCUAUAGACACUCUUAGGGACAGAAUACCAAAGGUAAAGCUAGAGAGCUCAUGGGGGAUUCUGAGUACCACGCAACAAAAUUAUUAAUAAGGAGCUGAAGGUGAUGGUGAAGAAGAAUGUUGACUGAUAUACUGGUAACGUGCUCCAGCUGAUAUCCAGCCAGGAGCAUUGACACCCACCCAACCGCAGCAAUCUCGUACAGCACUCGCCGAAUCAGCUGAUGUUGCCCUUUGCAUCCUUAACCCUGCUUCUUGUACACUUUCCGACAUCGUUCUUUCUCACAUCUCCUGAUGGUGUAGUUGUAGGUAUAUCUGCAGAGAGCAAAUUGAAAUAUGCCAACGGGGAUGGGACUAAUGGCGAAGGCGACUGGUCUCUUCGCUCCCGCAAAGGAAGAUAUUAUAUCCUGCCAUCAGUAGAGCGAAGUAUAUACCACUUUGAUAUCGAUUCAUCUUCCCUGGGAUCAUCCCAGCACGCAAUAAGAGGCAAGUCAAUGUAUUUAAAGCCUCGACGGAUGUGGUUUUCUGACCAUUAAAAGCGUGAUAUCGUAAAAACUAAGACUUUAUUGGGUGUAAAUUUUAUAUAAUUUUAUAGCCAAGUUUGUGUUAAGUUAAAAUUUUUGUCAAACAAACAAAUUUUCAUUAUGCGUGAUGAGAUAUAAACGGAAUUCAAUUGAGAUAAUGAAGUUUUUUUCCUGUGUAAAUUUCGAUAAAAUUUAAUUUGUGAUAGGUACCUUACACAAAUUAAAAUCGAAAGUGUAAGUGGUAUUAGCAAAAUGCAAUACAACGCUAUGAGCACUCAAGAGGUUAUUCGACUUGAAAAAUCGGUUGCGAAUGCAGGUACACAGCUUUAUACAGUUGCAACGAAGUUAAGCGAAGUUGAGCGUAGUUUGGAUAACACAAAUGCCGAAGACAUAGAUGAUGUUUGUGUUAUGGAACUCCUUGAAUCAAUGACCGAAGUGAAAAAUGAAUAUCAAAACUUACGCAAGGACAUUCAAGAAGUGCAGCAACUUCAGAAAGAUGUUACCACCUCGAUUCGAUUUCAGAUGCGAAGCAUGCAUCAAACAUUUAAAAUGCUUAAAAAACGUAUAGAAGCGAGGACUGCACAGAACUGAAGUUUUUUUUUUUUU